ACAGACGCCUUGUUUGCAUUGCUUUUUGAAUUCGGAUUGAGGGAGUUGACAGAUUUAUCCACGCGCAAAUAUAUAUAUUUACUUUUUAGAGACGGCAAUAACCUACAGAUAGUUAAGUGUCAAUUUAGUUAGCCAGCCGCUAGCUAGCUAGCUGAACUGGUCGACUAGCCAGUUUACCACUCACCUGCGAUUAUUUGUUGUUAAUUCCGAAGGUUUAUACAGGAUUGUGCCACCACCCGUGUCACACUUCCAUGGCUGACAGCAGCAUAGUUACUUUGGGGAUGGCUCGGAGCCUGCUGGUGGACUCCUCUGUGUAUGACUCCAGGAUGGCUGAGACUACUAAGGAUGUAUUCCUGGGUUUGGGCUCUGAAGACAUGGAAGAGAUGCUACCUCGGGUCGAAACCAGAGUUGUUCUUGUAGGAGAAGCUGGAAAAAAUGGAGCACUUGUCAAAGCACUGCAGGCCGUCAGAAUAAUGGAAGUCCCAGUGGUUAAGAUUAGAGGAGGAGAACCGGGUGCUGACACUGGAGAGAAAUUGAUCAAAUCUAUAGUCAAUAUGGAUAUCAACGUGCCUUGCAUAAAGACCGACAAUGUCAAAGAGUUUGGAGAUGGAGAAAACACAGAGUUUGAGACGGUGUUCGUGCUCAAAGACUUUGCCUCUCCUGACUACAUCUAUCUUUACAAACAUGACAACCGGAUUGUGGGCCCCCCGGUUGUUCUCCACUGUGCGAGACGAGAGGAGCCCCUGCCGUUUUCCUCUCGUCCUCUAUACUCUACCACCAUGCUCAACUUGUCGCUGUGUUUCACCGGUUUCCGCAACAAAGAGGAAGUUAAAAACCUGGUGAAUCUGGUGCAUCACAUGGGAGGCACCAUUCGGAAGGACUUCAGCACUAAAGUCACCCAUCUCAUUGCAUACUCCACUCAUGGCGAGAAAUACAAGCUUGCUGUGUGUAUGGGAACACCCAUCCUCACCCCAACUUGGAUCCAUAAGGCCUGGGAGCAUAGAGAGGAUGUUAGUUUCCAUGCUGGAGAUGAAGAGUUCCGCACCGAAUUCAAAGUUCCCCCCUUUCAAGACUGUGUGCUGAGCUUCCUGGGCUUCUCAGAUGAAGAGAAGACCAACAUGGAGGAAAGGACAAUCAAACAUGGUGGCAGCCACCUGGAGGUUGGUGAUCAGAAGUGCACUCACAUGGUGGUGGAGGAAAACGCUGUCAAGGAGCUGCCAUUCGUACCAUCAAAGAGACUGUAUGUUGUCAAGCAGGAGUGGUUCUGGGGAACGAUACAGAUGGAUGCCCGAGCAGGAGAGUCCAUGUACUUCUAUCAGAAGAUGGACAGUCCUGUGCUGAAGAAGGCUGUGUCCCUGUUGUCCCUCAACACACCCAACAGUAACCGGAAGAGGAGGCGUCUGCGGGAAACCCUGGCCCAGCUCACCAAGGAGACUGAGAUCUCCCCCUUCCCUCCACCCCGCAAGAGGCCUUCUGCCGAACACUCCAUGUCCAUGGGCUCUCUGCUGGACAUCUCCAACACCCCCGAGACCUGCAAGGCCUUGGCAGAACAUUCUCGGCCCUUGAAGAGCUCUACACCUGCUGUCCUGAAGCAGUCGGCUAGAUGGCAGGUCUCCAAGGAGUUGUACCAGACAGAGAGCAACUAUGUGGAUAUUCUCACCACAGUCUUGCAGCUGUUCAAAGUCCCCUUGGAAAAGGAAGGCCAAGUUGGUGGACCCAUUUUGGCUCCGGAAGAAAUCAAGACCAUCUUUGGCAGCAUCCCAGAGAUCUUCGACGUACACACCAGGAUAAAGGCCGAUCUGGAGGAGCUGGUCAUGGACUGGUCUGAGGACAAGAGUGUCGGGGACAUCAUUCUCAAAUACUCUAAAGACCUGGUGAAGGCUUACCCGCCAUUCGUCAACUUCUUUGAGAUGAGCAAGGAGACCAUAGUGAGGUGUGAGAAGCAGAAGCCAAGGUUCCAUGCUUUCCUCAAGAUCAAUCAGGCGAAGCCCGAGUGUGGACGACAGACGUUGGUGGAGCUGCUGAUUCGCCCUGUGCAGAGACUGCCUAGCGUCGCCCUUCUCCUCAACGAUAUUAAGAAACACACUGCCUGUAACAACCCUGACAAAAUCACUUUGGAGAAGGCAAUCGAAUCACUCAAGGAAGUUAUGACUCACAUAAACGAGGACAAGAGGAAAAUAGAGGGACAGAAGCAGAUCUUUGAUGUAGUCUAUGAAGUUGACGGCUGCCCUGCCAACCUGCUCUCGUCCCACCGCAGCCUGGUCCACAGGGUGGAGACCAUCGCCCUGGGAGACAAACCCUGUGACCGAGGCGAGCACGUCACACUCUUUCUCUUCAAUGACUGUCUUGAGAUUGCCCGGAAGAGACACAAGGUGAUCAGCACAUUCCGGAGUCCUCUGGGCCAGAUGCGACCUGCAGCCCAACUCAAACACAUCACCCUCAUGCCUCUGUCCCAGAUCAGGAGGGUCCUGGACCUGCAGAAUACAGAGGAUUGCCGUAAUGCCUUUGCCCUGGUGGUGCACCCGCCCACAGAACAGGAGAAUCUUCUCUUCAGCUUCCAGCUGACCACUGAGGAUACGGUGAAGUCAACCUGGCUGAAGAUGCUCUGUCGCCACAUAGCCAACACCAUCUGUAAGGCUGACGCGGAAGAUCUAAUUCAGUGCACUGAGCCUGACUCUGUCCAAGUGAGCACAAAGGAUAUGGACAGCACGCUGAGUAAAGCCUCUAGAGUCAUCAAGAAAACUUCAAAGAAGGUAACGAGAGCAUUUUCCUUCACCAAAACACCCAAACGUGUAAUCCAGAGAGCCUUCAUGGCCAACAGCACCUCCGACGACAAGAGCCCUGGCCCCAGCUCAGAGAACAUGAUCCAUGUUGGAAGCAGUGCCACCCUGUCAAUGGCCCGCUCCACCUCAACAUUCAACCUCAGUGGUUCUACAGCUGCUGCUGUGGUGCAGCGCUCUAACUCCCUGGACCACCCACCCUGUCCCCGCCUCCGUGUUCCCGUCUGUAUUCAUACCCCAGACCCAACCCCUAGUCCAACCUGCCCUGAGGAGACCCCACUUAAGCCCCAACCCACCCCCACCAGGCCCCCUUACUCUGCCGGCCCCCCUACCUGGAGGGUUCCGUCCAAAGGGAGGCUUCCCCCUGGGGCCUGCAGGGACCUACUGGUCCCCUCUGACCCCCACAAGGCAGGCUGCUUGAGGCCCCGCAAAGAGACCCUCCUAUAGGCGGCUGACUGACGCGACGCACUCUCCCUCCAUGGUCAACCUGCCGUCCAUGUUUGAGAGGAAGUACCACACGUUCAGUCGCUCCACAUCCCACCUGUUCUGAUUGACUCUUAGAGGAGAGAAACACGGCAAGCUGUUCUGAAUGGUGCACCACUCACUGUAAUUCAAUUAGCUCACCUCUCGGCAAUGUUACUGCAGACUGGCACAUCCUGUAAUUGUUUAAUGAACGCAAGUUCAUUCAGAUAAUGUCUGACUUGGAAAAUGAAAGAUGGAUACUCUUGUAUUUAGUGUUUACUUACAAUGUUACAAAUUGACCUCAUGUCUUAGACAGCUGGGAACAUUUGAUUAACAUGUAUAGGUACGAUAUUUACUGACAUAUUUUCUGUAUUUUUGUCGUGGAGGGAUAUAAUUCAAUGAAUGAUAAGCCAAUAAACGUGUUACUUAGUUUUUGGGGAACAAGCCUGUUGGCUUCACUUACUAUAGUUUCCAGCUUUUAUAAAGCUCUUGAAAUGUUUUAACUUUUUGAUGAUAUAAAUGAUCAGGAUUAGGGGAACAGAAGCUACUGCUUGCUGUUUUAUGUUGUAAAGUGGGUAUGUUUUUCAGGAGGGUCUAAGGGGAUGAUGUUGCAUUACACUACAUUUAUUUUCCAGAAUCAUUUUAUAAAUAGUCUAUAUACAAAUCCUCUUUCUCUUGCUAUUUAUGUGUACAUUUGCCUCCCUUUUGUCUGUCAUUAUCUAUAAUUGUUCUGAUUUACCUCUUGUCAUAAUUGUCUUCCAUUAUGUGUAUUCCAUACACUUACACAUGAUCCAACGUUAAGCUUAUUUCUGGUGGUUUAUUCAGUUAUAGGAUGUUGUUCACGACUUCUCUUACCAACACAUGAUGAAUGGAAAAAAUUAAUUAUUAUCUCCCAUUCAUCUGUAUUGAAUAGUGACUAUUAUUAUGCAAAGUCACUUUAUUAUGGUUUGUAAUUGAAAUGUUUUACUCAAUUUUAAUAAAAAUGCCCUAUAUUGAA